AGAGUUACACUAAAUACUAACUCGGACGUCUGUUUGUAAAAAAUUCGCUAUUGCGAACCAAAUAUUGUCUGUGCUUGGUUGGCGUUAUUGUGUAUAGUGAAGUUGUAUAUUGGCUAUCAGACAUCUUGAAACUUAAAACUUCUGGAAGACAUUUCAGUAGUGUAUAUAGAAAACGCUAUCAAUUCCUAUAAAAUUUAUCCUACAACACAUUCAGUAAUCGUGUUUUACAUCGCAGUGGUGCAUUGCAUUAGGGGGGUUGAAAAGUGGAUAGCUAGCGAUUUGGCUCCAGAAGAAAUCAAAUCUGCAAAUUCUGAUCCGAUUUCCGAGACCUUAGCUCCUUUGGACAUAUUGUCAGAUUCCACUAUAAAGGCAAUAUGUGAUAAUGAUAUAUUUGAUGGAACUAAUAGCUCUACAUCUACGUUAUCAAUUAGCUCCAGAAUGGAAAAUAUAUCAGAUGUAGAUGAUCUACAGACACAAAUUAUUCGUGGUGGUGGGCAGUACAUAAUAGACCAGUACCAGAAGAAUAAAAUGUUGACUGACAGAAGCAGAAUACAGUUAGUAAACAUAGUUGCAAAUGUGCUUUAUGAAAAAUAUGGGAAUGCAGUACCCAAGAGCGCAAAAAUGGAGUGCGCAAAAAAAUUAGUUGAAAUUUUCCCAAUGUACAAAAAUUUGGAAAGUUCUACAGGGGGUUAGGAAAUUUUUUUCAACCCUAGCACCAAUGGAGGGUAUCUUGCAAAUCGGCUGAGAACUCUAAAUAGAAUAAAUAAAAUAGAGAGAAACAAUCCUCCUGUCAAACACCUUCAUGACCAGAAUGUUUCGAUAACUUCAGAGGAAAUGAAUCUUACUGAAGAACUCCAAGAAAAAUUAGAUAUUCUGAAAGCAAUUCCAUCCUCGGAGACGAACAAAAUAAAAAGUGUAUUUUUCGAAACAUUUAAAUACCGUAGAAGUUUAAUAAAUAAAGGUUCUGCAAUGGAAAUAUUUCCAAAAUUUCAUGAAACAGUUGGUUUGAUUGAACAAGAAUUUCUGCUAAUGUUCCCCUCGUACAUUGCAAGUUUUAAGGAAAACUAUUUAGAUGCUAUAGAAAAAAUUCUGGAAAUAUUUGAGAAUACCUCUAGCAGUCGUAAUCAACUGAAAGAAUGCGGUUUCAAUCGUACUAUACAGUCGUUUUUUGCCCUCUUGAAAAUGCUCCCACCAUCACCCAAGGGCAAGCGAAAAAAGGAUAUUGCACCAACCACGAAGGCCUUUGAAAAAGUAUUAAUAUUUCAUCAGAUCUCCUUGCCGUUAAUGGAAACAAUUGAGAAAACCUCAAACACUCAACCUUACAUUAUUGCAAAGGGCAAUUCAAAACUUUUACUAGAAGAAUUUCUAAUUGUAUUGGAUGGGAAACUUUUACCAGAUGUGUUCACAACAUUCGAAGAUUCUGUUGACUAUUUGAUGAAGGUACAUUUUGUUUUCCAAGUGAAAUACGACUCAAGUUUGGAAAAUUUAUAUAAAUUUAUUCAAGUUUACUUUUAUAACAUGGACACUGAAAAUGUUUUAUUCAACUCAGCUAUGCUGAAGCUAAAAUGUCUUCUAAAGGACAAUGACCAUCAACUUCUUAUAUCUCAGUUUCAAACAAAGUAACUGUAGUUUGAGAAACGUUCAUACAUGUAUGAGGAUAUUUGUAAAAACGAAUUAUUUUUUUACAUGAUAAUUUUAAGUUAGUUUUUCUUAAGAAAAUAAUAUUUUUUUUAGUCAGAAAAUGGCUGUGUUUAGUUGUAAAAUAUGUUGCAAAAUAUUUAGGGAUCUAAGCAUUUUUAUUAAACAUCUUCGUAACUUCCACUGCUUGGUAGAUGGUCCUGCAUUGGCAAUAGAAUGCUGCCAUCAAAACUGUUUUUCGAAGUUUUUUACUGUUAGUGGUUUUCGAAGACAUAUUUCAAGAUGCUCUCACUCAAUUUCUCAAUCAGAAAAUGAAAAUAAUAAGCAAAUACCUGUAGAAAAGCAAGAAAUUACAGUUGCUGUAAACAGCUGCAAUAAGGAACUUGCCAAUAUUGAAAUUCUCUCAGGAAACGAAAAUCGGCACAAGAUUGAUCUAGAUUUUAUCAUUUCAUCUUUUUCUUCCAAAUUAUUAUCUUUAGGACUGACUAUGUCAAACACUCAAACUAUAUUAGACAUCACUGGAGAACUAAUUAUGAAUACAUUGGACUACUGUUCAGACAAUACUUCUGGUUGUGAUCAUAACAAUUCAAACAGUUUAAAGCAAUCUGUCAUUGAAAAAUUUAAAAAUAUUGAUACUAUAUAUAAACUUCAUAAAACUAUUGCUUUGAAAUCAGUAGAACCAGAAGAAAUUGUGAUUGGCACCAGAACAGAUAAAUUUUUUGACAAAAACACAAACAGCUAUAGAGAAGGAAUUGUAGAAUGUAAAUUUUCAUACAUUCCUUUAUUGAAGAUGCUGACAUUUCUGUUGGAGAAUGAAAUGUUUCAAGAGCAUAUAUCUAAUAAAAUAAUAAGUCUACCUUCGGUUUAUACAAGUAUACAUUCGGGAACAUACUACAAAAAUAAAUCAUUUUUCCAAAAAAAUGAAAAUUGUUUACUACUUCAAAUGUAUUGGGAUGAAUUCGAAACAGUUAAUCCCUUAGGGAGUAAAACUGGUGGCCAUAAAUUGGGAGCAAUAUAUUUUUCUCUCUUAAAUCUCAGUCCUAAUCUGAAUUCUAAAUUGUGCAAUAUGUUUCUACUAUGUUUAUUUCAUUCAGCAGAUGUCAAAAUAUUAGGAUUUGAGAAGAUUUUAGAUUAUAUUGUAAGAGAUACAAAAAUAUUGGAAACCCAGGGAAUUGAAAAUAGUUUUUCAAGUACACCAAUAAGAGGCACUUUGGUUAAUUUCUGUUUCGAUAAUUUAGGUGGAAAUAUACUGUAUGGGAUGGUUGAAUCGUUUUCCGCCAAAUAUUUUUGUCGGAUUUGUUUAAUUGAAAAAGAGGGUAUUCAACAAGUCUUUAAUGAUAAUGCUACAAUUUUUAGAAGUAAUCGGCUAUAUCUAAAACAUUUACAUGAGAUAAACAACAAUCGGGACCCUGCCAUUCAUUCUGUAUAUGGUAUUAAAAAAUGGUGCAUUCUAAAUGAUUUGAAUGAAUUUAAAGUUUUUGAUACAAUGUCAUGUGAUAUAAUGCAUGACAUUUUGGAAGGUGUUGCUCAGUAUGAAAUUAAACUCCUGAUUACUUUUCUUAUUCAAACAAAAAUAAUUUCUUUAGAAAAUAUUAACAGGAGAAUUUUGAUAUAUGAUUAUGGAUAUCUUGAAAGAAGUAAUUUUCCAAGUCCUAUUGUUCUUAAUAAACAUAAUAACCUUAUUGGACAAAGGGCAGCUCAAUCUUGGUGUUUAUUGAGGUUCCUGCCUCUCAUUUUUAAUGAUUGUAUGUCACCUGUUUCAAAAAGUAAAUGGAGAGUUUUAUUAAUGUUAAUUAACAUAUCCCAAAUUAUAUUUUCACCUAUCAUUCCUGAGUCUAAAAUUUUUGAACUAGAUAUAUUGAUUGAAAAACAUCAUAAACUUUUUCAAGCCGAAUUUGGUGUUAACUUGUUACCAAAACAUCAUUUUAUGGUGCAUUAUUCUAGGAUAAUUAGACUUAUGGGGCCACUUGUUCAUAUGUGGAGUAUGAGAUACGAAGCAAAACAUAAUUUUUUCAAGAAUGCUGUGUCCCAGAUGAAAAAUUACCGUAAUAUAUGUAAAUCCCUGUCAACUAAACAUCAACAAUGGAUUUAUAAUGAAUGGACAGAAAAAAAAGUUUAUCUCAGAACUGGACCCACGAAAACAAUAAAAUUGUCUGAAUAUCAAUUCAAAACGUGUUUAUUAGGCACAUAUUUCAAAAUUCCAACUGUAACUACAACGAAAUGGGUUGAGUUCAAUGGAACUUUACAUAAAGUGAAUUUCAUUAUUUGUACAUCUUUUGCUGAUAAUACCCCUAUAUUUGAAGAAAUAAUGAGUAUUUUACUGAUUUCUUCUAAGCCCUACUUGCUAACUAAACCCCUUUUAGUGGUAUCAGUGAAAGAACACUUUUACAGUUAUGUUGUGAAACGUACCGAUACCAAACCCAAUAUCAUUUGUUUAGAUAAAUUACAACACAAAUAUACUUAUAAUCUGAGUCCAAGCAGUGGAAGAGACGAAUUGAAUAUUGUACCAAAAAUUCUGUUCAAUACCCUUUGAAAUAUUGUACCAAAAAUUCUGUUCAAUACCCUUUGAAAUGAAGUACACAUUUUAUUUUCAACUAAUAUGUGAAAAAAUCUGUUUUUAUUAAAUAAUAUUCUUAAGUUUGAAUUAUUGAUAUUUUGAUUUGAAAUCAUGUUCAGUUAGGUUUUCUAAAUACCUAUUAUUUGUAAACUAUGAAAACGUUAUUUUAUUUGAGGAAAAUAUGUUUCCCACAGAUACAUAUUCAUGAUAAUAAAUGGAAUUUAUACAUGA